AUGGAAGAACCACCGCGCCGGCCUUCUAGGCUUGAACGUAACCAAUUUACUCAGGAUGGGACAAAAGUCAAGGAUGAUGGUCGAAUUGAUAUCGAUCUCGACUCCAAAGUGGGCAGGGAAGUGUCAAAGUUGAUACCAUUUCUACAUGCGGAGCAUUUACAACCACAGCCAGAGCCGUCGGGUGAUUUUGAAUGUGGCCUUGAACUCAACAUCGUUAUCCAAGUUGUUGGCAGCCGAGGCGACGUCCAGCCCUUUGUCGCACUAGGCAACGAGCUUCAGCGCCAUGGACAUCGCGUACGACUAGCCACACAUGGUGUAUUUGAGAGCUUCGUGCGCGACUCUGGUCUAGAAUUUUAUUCUAUUGGGGGAGAUCCCUCGGAGCUGAUGGCAUACAUGGUGAAGAACCCAGGCUUGAUACCACAGAUGAAAUCCAUCCAAGAGGGUGAUAUCCAACGCAAGCGUGUCAUGGUCGGCGAAAUUCUCCAGGGAUGCUGGCGGUCAUGUAUUGAGGAUGACUCCGUGACUAAGACGCCCUUUGUCGCUGAUGCUAUCAUUGCGAACCCUCCAAGCUUCGCUCAUAUCCACUGCGCUCAGGCGCUUGGCAUCCCUCUACAUAUGAUGUUUACCAUGCCGUGGACCAGUACAAGAUCAUUUCCUCAUCCCUUAGCAAACUUGAAAUAUUCAACCACAGAGCCGAAAAUGGCGAAUUACCUUUCUUACGGGAUUGUCGAAUGGCUGACAUGGCAAGGCCUGGGCGAUGUUAUCAAUGAUUGGAGAAAAUCCAUCGACCUAGAAGCUAUAUCGCUCACCGAAGGUCCCCGUUUAGCAGAGACUUUGAAGAUACCAUUCACGUAUUGCUGGUCCCCUACAUUGAUGCCUAAACCAACGGACUGGCCGGCACAUAUCGACGUUUGUGGCUUCUUCUUCCGCGCUCCCCCGGACUUCACACCACCUGCAGACCUUGCUGCGUUUCUCCAAAGCGGGCCUCCGCCGGUGUAUAUUGGAUUUGGCAGCAUUGUUAUUGAGGAUCCCCCAGCCAUGACUGCUACACUUGUCAAGGCAGUCAGGUCCUGGGGUGGACGUGCAAUUAUAUCCCGUGGCUGGAGUAAGCUCGGCGAAGAAGAAUCGGACGAUCAGAUCUUUUAUCUUGGGGACUGUCCGCACGAAUGGCUGUUCCAGAAGGUCGCUGCAGUUGUACAUCAUGGAGGAGCAGGGACUACAGCAUGUGGUUUACGAUUUGGAAGACCCUCUCUUAUUGUACCAUUCUUUGGAGAUCAGCUAUUCUGGGGAAACAUGGUCGCGUCCCGUGGGGUUGGACCAAUUCCCAUUCCACACCGGACUUUAAACGCAGAUAAUCUAGCGGAAGCCAUCCGUUUUUGCCUGCAUCCUGAUACCCUAACAGCAGCCGGUGAUCUUGCUCGUGAGAUGACCGAGGAAGCUGGAGUCUCUGCGGCUGUUGCAUCUUUCCAUCGCAACUUACCGAUCGAUAAAAUGAAAUGCCAGUUUCUUGAUUCCGAGCCGGCUGUUUGGCAGUUAAAACAGAACGGAAAGACCCCUAUAAAUUUGUCGAAAAUGGCAGCGGGGAUCUUGCUUGAGAAUUCUCGCAUUGAUACAAGGGACUUGAAAGCAUAUGAGACAAAAACUAUAUUCAUUAUGACCCGGCGAUGGGAUCCUAUCACGGGCGGCACAUCGUCUGUGCUAGGCAUGUAUAAGGAUAUCCUCACAGCAUCAAGCGACGUCGUCAUUCGGCCCUACAAAGAGAUCACUCGUGCCCAUCAGCAGAGUCAGCCAGAGCUUGUAGUCAUCGAGCCUACAAAUCAAUCCGAGAAAAGUCCAUCCGAAGGUAUCUCACGAACUCCCGGAACCAACCAGACAGAUGAAGACUGGAUAGUUGCAGGAAAGGCACUGGGGGGUUCCGCCAAAAGCGUUGGGAGGAUCAUAGCCUACUACUACAAGGGCGUUUUGGUAGACAUACCUGGAGCAGUGAAUGAAGGCCUGAGAGCUGUUCCUAGGCUCUAUGGCGAGGAGGUGAAAGACUACGACAACAUCCGAGACUUUAAGUCUGGAGUAGCUGCGGCUUCCGAUAACUUUCGGAAUGGGUUCACAACUGGAUUCGCUGAUAUCUUCCGGCAGCCCUACGAGGGUGCCCAGAAAGAUGGUUUCAUGGGUGCAAUCAGAGGAUUUGUUCAAGGUCCUAUUGGAAUGGGCACGAAAGCUGCAUCAGGCGCUUUGGGCUUAAUAGCCUAUCCGGGACAGGGCUUAGCCAAAAGCUUGCAUUCAGCUAUGCAUUCCAAGACUCGGAAUCAACUUCUGAAAGCUCGAUUGACAGAGUCUGAAUAUCUGGCCAGACAAUCAGGCAAGGCCCAAUCGAGCUGCAUUGAUGUUAUCGAGGCAUUUGAAGAUCAACAACGGCAGCCUGGAAAUACUGCCAGCUCAACGAAUCCGAAUCGAGCAGGUUCCCAGAGGUGA